AUGGAUAUCCCGAUUCAGAAAACCCUCGACCUUGGAUGUUCAGACAUGUUCGGUCGUAGCAUUGGAGGGCAAACGCUUCGUUGCGCUGGGCGUCUCCCAGUCGCACGUCGGAGACUAUGUACUCGCCAAUUCUCUGCGCAUACUGGUACAGGAGCUGCGACUGCAGCACCUGCUCCUUCACCUCUAGCAGGAAUCACCGCGGAGCUAGACCGCAUUGCUCCCCGAUUCGAGGUGCCUGCGUCUCAGAUUCAUAUCAUUGACUCUCCGGCCAAUUUCUAUUCUACAUUGAAGAAUAAAAUCCGCACUGCCCGGCGGCGCAUUUACCUCUCUACAUUGUACAUCGGCAAGACAGAAUACGACCUUAUCGACACUUUGAGCCAGGCUCUCCGCAGUAACCCGGAUCUCAAAGUUUCUAUCCUCACAGAUGCUCUACGCGGCACACGGGAGACCCCGAAUGCUUCAUGCGCAUCACUCCUUUGCUCAUUGGUUGAAGAGUACGGACCUGAACGAGUCGAGAUUCGGAUGUUCCAUACUCCUAAUUUGACGGGUUUAAAAAAGAAGUGGAUCCCUUCCCGCGUCAACGAGGGCUGGGGCUUGCAGCACAUGAAGCUGUACGGGAUAGACGAUGAAAUCAUUCUAUCAGGAGCAAACCUAUCCGAGGAAUACUUCACCAGCCGCCUAGAUCGAUACCAUGUGUUCGACUCCGAGGUGCUGACCGAAUAUUAUGCUGGAAUCCACCAUGCAAUCUGCAGUCUAAGCUUCCAGGUGCUGCCGGACCCUCAAAAAAAAUCCAGCUAUAUUUUGGAAUGGCCUACCACGAACAAAGCCCCAUCUCCUCUUGAUGAUCCUCAAGAAUUUAUUGCAUAUUCAUCAAAAUUCUUGAGCCCGCUUAUCCAGGCUUCUGACAACAAACCUGCACUUCCCUCUUCAUCAAGUCAGACCUAUGUAUACCCUGUGUCGCAGUUUACUUCUCUCCUGCAACCUGAUGACACAUCUACCGAAUAUCCUGCCAUGACGACAAUCCUCCAUCUCCUGUCAAGCUCGUCAGUCUUUGUCGGUGCCCGUUGGCUCUUCACAGCAGGUUACUUCAACAUGCACCCUGUCCUUUCCUCCCUCCUAAUUUCCAGUACAACCACCGCCUCAAAGACUCCUACCACCACGAAAGGUACUGUUCUAACGGCCUCACCGUGGGCAAAUGGAUUCUUUGGCUCCUCCGGAGUCUCGGGAAUGCUACCAGCCGCAUACACACAUCUCGCUGCUCGCUUCCUUGAUCGCGUCGGUGCAGCCCAUGCCACUGACUCCAUUCAACUGAAAGAGUGGCGCAAGGGCACUGUUGGUACACCAGGCGGAUGGACGUACCAUGCAAAAGGGCUGUGGAUUACACUGCCUCGCGAGGAACACCCCAGCCUCACCUUUGUCGGUAGCAGCAAUUACACAAAGCGCAGCUACAGCCUAGACCUUGAGUCCGGUGCGGUAGUCGUGACAAACGAUCCAGAUCUUAAGAAGAAGCUAGGUGAAGAGACGGAGCGGCUUCAAAAAGAUGCCAGCCCUGUCUCAAGAGAUGACCUGAUGCGAACCGAGAGGCGAGUCGGAUGGAAUGUGAGACUUUCCAUGUGGAUUGUAGAAAAGGUUGGCGGUGCCUUAUAA